GAAUAACAGAAAAAAGGUAAAUAAGACGCAAAAAUAACUGUUCCACGGAAAACUGCAGCUUUCCAGGUAUCAGCAAAUCGUCCGAGUAAAGGCCGAUAAGAAGGAUAUACAUUCGAUUCGAAAAAAAACAUCUGGCUUUUCGUUUCGCCGCUGCGGAAUUCAUCGAUUUGUCAAUCCGACCGUAGUCGGGUACGGAAUUUAGAAAGCGGGGAUUCCCAGGCAAUCUGUGCCCGCAGUAGUCAGAUCGUCAAUCGCCGAUGAUCAAAGCCAGUAGCCAAAGUCAGUGCUACCGCGACAACGAGGGCGCCAUGUCGGAGGAAGAGUCGUUCGUCAUCCUGGGCAGCUCGCCGUACCCCUCGCUGCUCCCCGACGAUGGAUCCUUAGCCUUCGAUGGCUUGGACGACGUCCAGGAGGCCAAGGAACCGAUUGCCUCCACCAGCAGUCAGCAGCCAGCAAUAGUGGAAAGUGCUCCCAUCAGCAUGACUGCCUCGCAGCAGCCCAAAUCGCUGGAAUCCGGAUCAUCGCAACACCAGUCUUUGGCGGCCAGUUUUAUAAUGGGCGAAGUCCAGUCAGAUGUAUUGAAGAACAGUGUUUACUCGCAAUUUCCCAGCCUCUGCUCGCUGCAGGCUUCCGCCGAGGAUGUGGUCAAGCUGCAGAACAUGAUGACCGAAUAUGUAACCCUAAAGAACACACUUGACAAGGUCAACCACACCAUGCUGAACUAUCACAAGCUGACGCAGCAGUGGCGCCAGGAGGCCGCCGACAGGGAGCAGGAUUACAAGAGGCAGCUCCAGGAGUGCCAGGAGCAGUUCGAGCAACUGCGCGAGGAGAACCAGAAGCUGAAGGAGGAUUUGGAGACCAAAAUCGUGCAGAUCGAGGUGGUGCAGGACUUUAGCCAGAAGGAGCAGAGUGAACUGCGGAUGAGCAUCUCCGAGAAAACGUCCCUCAUUGACAACAUGCGCGUGGAAAUCGACAAGCUGCAGCAGCUCAAGAUGCACUCGUUCGAGUUUGUACCUGAGGAUGGAGGCAAAACCGAUGCGGAUCCGGACAAGGCAUUGAACUAUGUGCAACGGGACGAACACGAUCGCCAAGUGCGGGACCUGCAGCGCCAGCUCUCCAAGCUGGUGGCAGAGAACCUUGAGAUCACCGACAUGAAGAAUACCUAUAUCGAGGAGAUCGACUGCUUGAAGGUGAACCUGACCAGUGCCCAGGAGCUGAUAGCCAAAAUGCAGCGCGACAUUGAUGAACUGAAGGCCAGGGAUAUCCAGAAACAGGAAGUGAUCGAUCAUCUGCAGACCCAGAAUGACAUCUAUCGCAGGGACUUUGAAAUGGAGCGGGCAGAUCGCGAGAAAAAUGCCGGCGAGAAGGAUCAGUAUCUAAUGGAUUUGAAGGCGUUGCAGAGGAGAAACCAGGAGCUAAUCGAAGCGCUGGCCGAGUCGCACAAGGCCAGCAAGUCGGCCUCGCCCGCUUCUUCGUUGAGUUCGAGCAGAAGCAGUCUGCGCGAGGAGCAGAGACCUGUAAGAGUUCUCGAUCCCACUGGCGCCGCUUCGAGGACAGCGGAACCCAUUCUGCGCUGUCCCAUCUGCUCAAAGUCCUUCAAUGCGAUCAGCGUUCUGCAGAGCCACGUCAACGAUUGCCUAGACAAGAACUAAGCACAAUUACUAAUAACAAUAUUAAUCUAUUUUUGUAGUAUAAAAUUUAUUAAUUAAGCUUAAAUGUUUGCCAGCUGGCUAAUUGCACAUUAUAUGAAAAAACACUAAAUUACAGUUGCGUUAACAA